CAAGAACCCCAACUCCUCAAACUCAACAGCUCAGACCAUUCAGCACCUCUGGCCAAAGCGAAGCACUAGUGCUAGUAAAAGUUGCGGUCAUGGCCUCGGCAGUUGUGCAUCCGGUUGCCUCGGCAUUUUCGACUCCGAAAGCCGUGGCGCCGCCGGGGCAGCCGGACAUCUCGUACGCUCCGGACUACGGAAAGUACCAAGCCCGCGCCGCACGGAGGCUGCAAGCCGGAAACCUGCCCACAUCCGUUCCGGACGGGUUUCCCGAAAGGCUAGAGGGCGAUCUGGUUUGGGAGGGUGACACUCUAGCGGACACAUACGACUGGACAUAUGUCCUCAGCGACAGCCAGCUGGCCGAGAUUGACCAGGCUGUGAAGCACUUCAAAUCGCUCGGACUUCCCAUCUCGCAUGUAGCUAAGGACACUUUUCCCCUUCCUCAGUUGCAUUCGGAACUUCGGCGGCUCUCCCACGAGCUGCACUUUGGCCAUGGUUUCUUCGUCCUCCGAGGAUUAAGGGUCGAUGAGCACACUCGAGAAGAGAACGUAAUCAUCUAUACAGGCCUUUCAGCACACAUUGCCCCUCAGCGCGGUCGACAGGAUCAGUACAGCCCCUAUGACGGCAGCCCGGCAGACGUCGUGCUCACACAUAUCAAGGAUCUCAGUAACUUGCCCGAGAUGAAGGGCAAUAUUGGCUCGCCGGCGUACACGACUGACAAACAAGUAUUCCAUACGGACUCGGGGGACAUCGUGAGCCUAUUCGCCCUCGAGACCGCGCUCGAGGGCGGUGCAAGCAAGCUGGCAUCAACUUGGCGGGUGUACAAUGAACUUGCAGCCAACCGCCCCGACUUGAUACAUACCCUCAGCCAACCAUGGGAUAUGGAAGUGUUUGAGAAGAACGCCAAGAAGAAGUACGCGGAGAGACCGUUGUUGUUCCACCAUGCUGCAACUGAGAGCACGCCAGAGCGGGUAUCUCUUCAGUACGGGAGGCGAUAUUUCGUAGGGUUUGGCCAGCUCCCACGAAACCCGGACAUCCCACCUAUCACUGAGGCACAGGCCGAAGCCCUUGAUGCACUUCACUUCCUGGGAGAGAAAUUCUGUGUCAAUACCCACUUCGAAAAGGGCGACAUCCAAUAUGUGAACAAUGUCGCAAUAUUCCACGCCAGAGACGGUUUUGUCGAUGGUGGGGAGAAGCGACGCCACCUUCUGCGCUUGUGGCUGAGGGAUCCAGAGUAUGCUUGGAAAACACCUGAGGUUAUCGAGUGGAGGUGGAAACAACUUUACGAAGGUGUCAGCCCAGAGAAGGAGAUCUUGCCGCUGGAGCCUUUCGUGCGCAAUGCUGGCAAGGGGCGUUGAGGAACAUGUGUACUCCGAUUAUGGUGCAACCUCUAUGUGAAAAUACUUUAUCACAUAAAAGCAUGAGCCACACCAAAUUAACAGACUGAGAAUAAAAACCUCAAAUUUUCAA